CUGGAAGUAGCUUCUCUGAUUAUGAUGAUCGUCGAGCACCUUGAGAGACGAGGAUACGCAUACGCACCGAACCGAAGUGACGUGCUGACGAUCGUUAAACUUUUAUCAAAGCACGAAUGGUUCAACAAGUUCAGUAUUGAAUAUUGGCUCAGCAACGCAGACUUCGUGAUCAAGGCGAAGGAGUUGAAGAUGAAGCCGAGCCUGUCGCUCUACGACUUCGUUCGUCUGCCAGCGGAACAGGCGACGAAAUUAGUCACUUAUAAGGAGUACUUCAAGUUCGUGCAGAAGUCCAGUUAUCGUUCACUAACAGAACCUCUCGGCCAGACGUGCUCGGCAUACAUCUUCGAAAUUAUGUUGAAUGGAUUUUGCCGCCGAUGGGCCAAGGCAUUUGCCGUGUCAUUAGAGGAUUCAUCUUGUGAAGACAUUAUAAAGAACAUAUGCUCGGCAGCAAAAACCAUUGCAUAAAUGAAACAACGAGGCCCAAACGCAUGAUGCCGUUAGCAAAGGCAAAGCAAGGUAAUACACGAAGAAUUAUUAACAAUGUUGAAAUAUUUUUGUAAGUGUGCAC